ACUAAAGUUAUUUCGGGAAACGUCGUUGAAAACCACACUGUUUAUUUUUGUGCUUUAUUUUGAAAGUGACAACCGGAAGACGUAUUCUCCUGCCUCCAAAGUCUGUCAUUGACCUCUCGUGUGUUGUGUCUAACCACAGCUCCCAGUCCCGCCAGUAAAGAUGCCCUUCGUCGUCCUGGACAGCAGCCUGCCUGCCAGCAGCUUCUCCGAGGAUUUCCUGAAGCGGUUCUGCUCCGUCACCGCGGCGGCGCUGGGGAAACCGGAGGACGUGAGUACCUCCGACCCAGUUCCACCACUUUACUGAGUUUUAUGCGGCUCCUGCGCUCCGUGUGUCCUGGUGUCGGUGUCGGCCAUCUCUGUGACGGACAGCGCCGAGAAGAACAAGGAGCAUAGCGCCAAGAUCUUCGGCUUCCUGACCAAAGAACUGAGCCUGGCUGAAGACAGGAUUGUGAUCCAGUUCCUGGAGCUGCAGCCUCACCAGGUGGGGAAGAAAGGAACCGUGAUGAGCUUCCUGUGAAGAACCAGCAGCCGACGACCUUUAACCUCUGCCCAUUCCAGAAUCCCAGCCGGAGAUUUGUACUGUUCACGUCACUGUUUAAAGUGAAGCUGUUAAUUCCAGAAGUAGAAACCGGGUUGGUUCGGUUCUGCUGGAGGAACCAGAGCUGAAGACAGUUUGGUCGACCCGGUUCGUCUGAAUCGGCUCUGGGAUCGAUUACUUUUCCUGUAGAUGAAAUAAAGACAGGAUGUUGAACAACAA